AUGGCGGCUGUAGUAUCUGAACUGAGGAUAAUUCUGUUAGGAAAGAGUCACUCAGAGACCAGCAGUGUGGGGAACUUAAUUCUGGGUAGAGCUGCAUUUGAGACUGAAGUUCCUCCACAUUCAGUAGAUCAGCACAGUGAGAGAGCUAGAGGAUUGAUGGAAGAAAGACACAUCACCAUCAUCAAUGCUCCUCAUCUGUACAAUCCUGAACUCACUCAGUCAUCUCAGAGGCUAAAAGAGUGUGUUUCACUUACUGCUCCUGGUCCUCAUGCUUUCUUACUCGUGGUGCAACCUCAGAGUUUUACAGAGGAGGACACGAAUCAAUUGAAAGUCAUACUCAGCUGCUUCAGUGACCGAGCACUAAACUAUUCUAUAUUGAUCAGUACUGGCUGGGAGGCUGAAGAGGAAAAAUCUGCAAGUUUUAACAAAUUUCUAGUUGAAUGUGAUGGGAGGUUUCACAAAUUUAAAUUCUUACAUAAAUUUGACAAGACUUUAGUUUGGUGGCUAUUUGAGGAUAUUGACAAAUUGCUGAAAGUAAAUGGAAUCACUACGUUUUGUCAAAAAGAGACGUGUGAGUUUAAUGGGAGGCUGAUUACUGUGAUUGAUACUCCAGGACUAUUUGAUACAAAAGUAUCUAAUAUAGAGAUAAAAAAAGAGAUCAUCAAAUGUAUCUCCAUGGCUGCACCAGGUCCUCAUGUGUUCCUGCUGGUACUGAAAAUAGGACAAUGCUUCACACAAGAGGAAAGAGAUGCAGUGAAUAUGAUUAAAGAAACUUUUGGUGAGAAAUCUAGAAUGUACACCAUGGUGCUCUUUAGUAGUGGUGAUCAGUUAAAAAAACAAACGAUUGCACAGUACAUACAGAAAGGGUCAGACAUUAAAAAACUUCUGUAUGAGUUUGGUAACAGAUAUCAUGUCUUUAACAACAAUGACAGAAGCAGCAACACGCAGGUUUGUGUUCUCCUUGAUAAAAUCGACUCUAUUGUGAGAGUGAAUAAAGGAAGCUGCUACACCAAUGAGAUGUUCCAGCAGGUGGAGAAAACAAUAAAGGAAAACCAGGAGAGAAUCCUGAAGGAGAAAGAAGAGCACAUAGAGCGAGAGAAAGAAGAACUGAAAGCAAAAUAUGAAGCUGAAAUGGGAAACAUGAAGAAAAUUAUGCAGGAACAAAAAGAACAACAAGAAGCUGAAAGUAGAAAAAAAAAGAGAAAGAAAAGACUGAAAUAUGAACAAGAAAGAAAGAAAAAGGAUAAACAGCACAGACAGGAAAUGGAAAAUAAACUUCGAGAGCAGCAGGAAGAAUUCAGAAAAGAGAAAGAAAAUGAAGAGAGAGUUCGCACCGAGGUAGAGCAGAGGAAUUUGGCCUUUGUUAAAGAGCAACACGCUAAAGAGCUGGAGAAUCUGAAGAAACAAACCGAACAAGAAACAAGAAAACAAGCAGAGGAAGAAUUUAAUGCUAAACUGGAGGAGAAAGUUAAAGAAGCCAAAUAUUCAGACGUAUAGAUUCUUUUGUCAAUUGGGUUUGUAGGUCAAAUGAAGAAAAAAAGGUCAAGAAAAAUAAGUGAAAACAUUGCAUGAGGGCAUUUUUAUUAUUUUCUUUUUGAACCAGUUUGAUAAAAGGUCUGAGCUGGUUUUGAAAUAUUUUUAAAUCUCAGCAGUGCUACUGGCCUGCCGGGCAUCUACACAGACAUAAUGGGUUAUGUUUUGGGUUUAGAGUUUCCUGUGGUUUUGGUGCCAUGUUAAUGUUAGCUUUGGCGGUAACAUGCAGCACAUGGGAGAUUCUUUUAAAAGCUGUU